AGCGUGCGCAAGUCAGGGCAGGCAAUGCCAUGCCGUUUCUGCAGCGUUCGCGCCAAGCGCCACUUGCUCGAGUUUCCUCUCGUUUCUUGGCCGCAGUUGCGGCUUGUGCCUGCAGCUUGGGGCUGGGGGGCCUCUGCUUGGCCGAGCCUGUCUCCAAGUCUUGUCAGGCCGCCGCUUUGGGCCCCAAGGCCGGGGAGGAGCAACUUGAGGCCCUGGGCCGGCCAGUGCCGCGGUACAUGCUGAAGGCCUGCAACGGCGACCGCUGCCUUGCCCUGCGGCGCUGGAAGGAGACGCUGACCUGGCGGUGCAACAUUGGGGAUGAGGAGAUUGUCAGCCGACCCAACCCCAUGUAUUUCAAGAUCCAGCCGCAUUACCCGACCUUUUUGCACCUGACGGAUAGGUCGGGGCGCCUGACGUACUGGGAGAUCAUCGGCAAGAUGGAUCCCAGUGCGUUGAAGAAUGCCGGGAUCACUGUGAAUGACAUAAGGGCCAAUUAUAUUUGGCAGACCUUGUUCACUUGGGACGUGUGGCUUCAACGUGAUGAUGUACAGGAAGGAACCGUCAUUGUGGACCUGGAGGGGUUUCGCUUUUCCCAGGUCACGCUUUUUGUGGUCCAGAUGUUUGCAAAGACGUCUUCCAUCAUCCAGCGACAUUUUCCGGACAGAGACCACGUGCUGAUCGUCAUCAAUGCGCCCGAGUGGUGGGGCAGAGUCUACGACCUCUUCAGCCCGCUCUUCCCUGAGAAGCAGCGGCGCAAGCUCCGGGUCUCGGUGGGCCAACAGGCGUCCAUGCAAACCUUGCGAGAGUACAUCGACCCCAAGAAUCUGCCGGCGGAGUACGGGGGCUCCAGCGGCCCCCUGGGCUCCGCGCCCGCCGACGCGGCGCGGCGCCGGAGCGCCGCGGAGGGCGCGUCACCCGCGGCGCGGCUGAAAGGCGCGCGCGCGCGCGCGGCCACGGGGGUUGGGCCUCUGGGCCUCACGUGA